UCAUCUGUCAAACCGCAUCACGGACCGACUGACGUACGGAAUCUUUCUGCUCGCAAUCGCAAUUGUCCAUUUUUGCUCCGCCAGUGAAGUGUCGGACUAUUUUUCACUCCUAAAGUUGUACUUUUCUGCAAGCGCAAGAAAACCCAUAUCCUCGGCAAGAUGCAGGGACUAACGAUGGCUAGUUUGAAGAAAAACCCAGCGCUGAUCCCGCUGUACGUGUGUAUCGCGAUGGGUUCGGCUGGAGCCGUCUUCUACACCCUUCGUCUGGCGCUGAAGAGCCCCGAAGUUACCUGGAGCCGCAAGAACAACCCCGAGCCAUGGGAGGAAUACCGGACCAAGCAGCAUAAGGUGACCCGUCGCGUUGCGUUAUAUAAAUGUGUGGUGCAGCAAUUUCAAAACGAUCCACUCUCCCCGCGGUGACCCCGGCUGUCCCGCGAAGGAGGAGGCUCUAUUUUCGUUUGAAGCGACCACUUAUAAUUAGAUGGAACCGUUCGCUCUGGUUCGGAAGGUUGUAAACAAAUGCACUGAUAUCGACCGUCUUUCCACUUUCCACUCUCGUGUACAGUUCUACUCUCCGGUCAGGGAUUACUCCAACAUUAGCAGCCCGGCCCCGAAGUACACCGACUAAAGUGUCAGCAUAUUGUCAGCCACCGAACAGGCGCCACCGGCUAUAGAAUGGGGACGGGGAAUCACCACUCUAAUAUAUACCCUAGCAUCAAUAAAACUGGCCGCGGAACGACAACACCGGACGCCCAUUCUCCCUCCCCUAUAGUAGUGCAGAUGUAUUAUUUGUCAUUUGAGCAGCCGCUGGAAAAGACUCAAAGGAUAAACGGAAUUCGAUCGACUAAUUGGAACACAUUUAGCACGCAGUGAUAAAGCGCAUACUUUGGAUAAACAACAUCCCAUCCCAAAACAACAAGACACGGGACGAUUGGUGCUUAUUCUAGUUUGGUUGGCAGUUAGAACUUCUUAUUUGUAAAUAUGGUCCAAUCUGUAUGGGUGUGUGUGUGUGUGGUGAAACGGAACCAAUUGCGCGGCAAAUAAAAUCUGCUGAUUUUGAAAACCAA